UCUAUAUAUUUGACUAGCACCGUCACUUCCUUUAAAAAUGGCCUUCUUUGUCCUUUCCCGUCAAGCUGGUUUUCAAAGCGCAUUCGCCGGUGGAAGUCUAGGCUUGCAGUUCUCGAAGAUCAGUAAUACUACCUCAUUCCUCAGAAAUUUCUGCGCCAAAAUGGUUUUGCCAAGAGUGUUCUUUGAUAUGACCGCGGAUAAUCAACCCGUCGGAAGGAUUAUUAUAGAACUCCGGAACGAUGUAGUACCAAAAACAGCUGAGAACUUCCGUGCCCUGUGCACAGGCGAGAAAGGAUUCGGAUACAAGGGAUCCACCUUCCACCGAGUCAUCCCCAACUUCAUGUGCCAAGGCGGUGACUUCACCAACCACAAUGGUACCGGAGGAAAAUCCAUCUAUGGCAAUAAAUUCGCAGACGAAAACUUUACCCUGAAACACACCGGACCCGGAGUCAUGUCCAUGGCCAAUGCCGGACCUGACACCAACGGAUCUCAAUUCUUCAUCACCACCGUCAAAACCUCUUGGUUGGACAACAGGCACGUUGUCUUCGGUGCCGUCGUAGAGGGCAUGGACGUAGUCAAGAAAAUUGAGGCUCUCGGAUCCCAGUCAGGGAAGACGUCAAAGAAAAUCGUCGUCGCCGAUUGCGGGCAAUUGUAAAGUAAUUUGAGAGAUGUUUACCUUAAGUUGAAAUCGAUACACCCUUCUAACGCUGUUUUCCAUAUAAAAUGUAAUGUCAUUUUUGAAUUUGCUGAAUUCCGUAAUGUAAGAGUUUAGGUGUCGGUCUAUCAGUGAAAUUAUUCUGAUAGGAGUUGUGAUCUGUUUCAAAUAGCCGAUAGUUAGGAUUAGUGUUCAACUUUGCAUUUAAACGUUUCUUUUUCAUCUUUAGGCUGAUAUUACAAUUUGUUUCAAUAUAUCUGAAUGUUUUUUACCAGGAAUGUAAGGUAACUGUAAUAAAUGAAACAAUAACGGG